AUGUGUGGGAAUAUCAACCAGCAAACCAAGGCCAACUGGGAGAAGUUUGGCAUGGACAUUUUCGUGGAGACAGUAUCCAUCCAGAAUCUAUGCACCGGCGUUUUUGGACUUUAUUGCCAACCCUUCCAGCCUUCCGUCGAGGAUUGCAAGAAAGGCGCCAACGCCUAUUACUACUUUAUUCUGGAAGCGAUUGUUAACUUCAACGGUUUUCUCUUGAAUAUGAUGAGUGCCCUAGAUGAAUCCUACAAUUAUACUAUUGACCAAGCACCCCUCGCCAUCAUCUCUGCAAUCCUAGGCGCCUUUAGUGCCUUCCUGGGCCCCGUGUCCGAAGAGGCUGGCAUCGCGGUUGGCGGCAGUAGCGCUAUGCUUGGUGUGGUCAAUGGUGGUAUAAGCCAAAUAAACUACGAACUCGCUAAUUCACUGGAGACCCAGUUUAGUGACUUCGCUGCUGUCACCCACUACCUUUCAAAUGCAACCGGUCGCAUGCAGGACGCGAUCCAGAGCUAUGGGAUUAAAGCGCUCACCUCGAUACCACAGAAUGACCCCCAAAAGAACAUCUUCUAUUCAGAAGACCCCAAUGGGGUGCCAAUGGCCCUUAAGAAUGGGACCUUUGCAGAGCAGAUCCCCGCAAGCAAGGUGCCAACGAUGCAGGCCAGUGCCAAAGCGGCCUUGUACAGUGGCGCCAUCUCGUACCUCUGGGUCCAGGAGCAGGUCUAUGUCGUCAAGAUGUCCAAGCCCCUCUACGGAGUCAAGCCCUGCGAUCUGCAGAUGAACAGCAAGUACAAUGACAUCGCCAAAUUCUGCGACACGAAAACUGGCACCGCCUACUUCUACGUCAAAAACUCCGUAUGGCAGGAGAUUUACGAGCAGUGGCCCGCAGUGCCCGGCGUCAACAACUUGACUGACUGGGGCAUGGACCCCAUCGACGUCGCCAACGCGGCCGCCGCGUCACAGAGUGCCGGAGGAUACCUGAAGAACUGGGAUCCCAAGUCGGCGUUGAAUUUCUUCAAUUCCAAGACCCCCCCGCCGAAGAACCUCAUGUUCAACAUCCCGUACUGUGAUCUGGAUCUCGCGUAUUCCGCGUGGCCUAGCAAGCCCGGAAAAGACAUCGAAUACGUAUAUGGGUGCGAUCAAGAGGUAUUCCCCCCAGAUCCCUCUCUGCAGGUCAAGCGCAGUGGCUAA